GCUCCGGCGGCGGCGGGGCCGGGUGCUGGCGGGCAGGGGUUCCUUUCGGCGCGGAGCGUGUGCGCGGCGGCCCGCGGUGCUUCGGCGGCGGCAGCAGCACUCCGGCCGCGGGGCGGGGGAGGAGGCGCCAGACUCCGGCGCCGCUUGCCGGUGGCGAGGAGGAGCGGAGCGGCCGGAGGAGAAGGAGGAAAGGAAGCGGGGAGCAGCGGCGCUCGCUUGGCCCGCGGCGUGCCGCCGCCACUUCCCUGCCGGGUGCAGCCCGAACCUGAUCCGCUGCCGGAAACUGCCGGCUCGCCUCCGGCCGCGGCGCGGGGCUCCGGGCGGUGCUCUGUGUCUGACGCGAGGGGCGAGUUCUCGCACUUCUCCGGAGAGCGCUCGGGGCUGCCCCGCCGGAGGAGCGCCGUUGCCGCGGUGCCGCCGCCACCCGGCGCGGGGGCAGAACUUUCCCGCGGCUGCACCGUGCGGGGCGGCGGGAGCGCGGCGCGAUGAAGCUGAGCCGGCAAUUCACGGUUUUGGGCAGCGCGGUGUUCUGCGUGGUGAUCUUCUCCCUCUAUCUGAUGCUGGACCGGGGGCACUUCGACCACCCCAAAAGCCCCCGCCGGGAGGGCACCUUCCCCAAGGGCCAGCUUUCAAUAUUGCAAGAAAAAAUAGAUCAUCUUGAACGCCUUUUGGCAGAAAAUAAUGAGAUUAUUUCAAACAUACGAGAUUCUGUGAUCAAUCUGAGUGAAUCAGUAAAAGAUGGUCAAAAAAAUCCAGUGGCUAUCAACUUCAGUCAAGGAUCCCAGUCGGAGCUCUUUCCUUCCGCUCCCACUCUGCUUUCAGUUGAUUCUGAGGAUUGUUUGUUUGCUUCGAAAAGUGGAAGUCACAGUUCAGAUGUGCAGAUGUUGGAUGUCUAUGACAUUCUUCCUUUCGAUAAUCCAGAUGGUGGAGUUUGGAAACAAGGAUUUGAUAUUACCUACAAUGAAAAUGAAUGGGACAAUGAACCACUUCAAGUUUUUGUUGUGCCUCACUCGCAUAAUGACCCAGGUUGGCUGAAGACUUUUGAUGAUUACUUCAGAGAUCAGACACAGCAUAUCUUAAAUAACAUGGUUAUUAAACUGCAAGAAGACAACCGAAGGAAAUUUAUUUGGUCUGAAAUUUCUUACUUUUCAAAAUGGUGGGAUGGAAUAGAUAGCCAGAGAAGGGAUGCUGUUAAAAGGUUAAUAAAAGAUGGGCAGUUUGAAAUAGUAACAGGAGGAUGGGUAAUGCCUGAUGAAGCUUCUUCUCAUUACUUCACUUUAAUUGACCAACUGAUAGAAGGACAUCAAUGGCUAGAACGGAACUUGGGAGUAAAACCGAAGUCUGGUUGGGCAGUUGAUCCCUUUGGGCAUUCACCAACAAUGGCCUAUCUUCUGAAACGCGCAGGAUUUUCAAAAAUGCUUAUACAGAGAGUUCAUUACUCAGUUAAAAAAUAUUUUGCAACUCAGAAGACACUAGAAUUCUUUUGGAGACAGAACUGGGAUUUGGGAUCCAGUACAGAUAUCCUUUGCCAUAUGAUGCCUUUCUAUAGCUAUGAUAUUCCUCAUACUUGUGGUCCAGAUCCAAAAAUCUGCUGCCAGUUUGAUUUCAAACGUCUUCCUGGUGGAAGAGUAAGCUGUCCAUGGAGAGUUCCGCCUGAAGCUAUUCACUCUGGAAACAUUCAACACAGGGCUUGGAUGAUUUUAGAUCAAUACAGAAAGAAGUCAAAGCUUUUCCGUACCAAAGUUCUGCUGGCUCCACUAGGGGAUGAUUUUCGUUAUGCUGAGAGCUCAGAAUGGGAUCAGCAGUAUCAGAACUAUCAGAAGUUGUUUGAUUAUAUGAAUGCUCAUCCUGAAUUGCACGUUAAGGCUCAGUUUGGAACUUUAUCGGAUUACUUUGAAGCUCUUCACAAAGAAAGUAAUUUGGGUGAAAGGAGCAGCAGCUCAUUUUUCCCUGUAUUAAGUGGAGACUUUUUCACCUAUGCAGACAGGGAUCAUCACUACUGGAGUGGAUAUUUUACAUCACGACCCUUCUAUAAACGACUGGAUAGAGUCUUGGAAUCCUACUUACGAGCAGCUGAGAUCCUUUACUCCUUGGCUUUGGUACAGUCCUAUAAAUACAAUAAGAUGAGUGUAUUUCCUUCAGUGGAUAACUAUAAAUUGCUGACAGAAGCAAGGAGGAACCUUGGACUCUUUCAGCAUCAUGAUGCUAUUACAGGAACAUCAAAGGAUUGGGUAGUUGUGGAUUAUGGCACUAGGCUUUUCCAUUCUCUAAUGAACUUGAAGAAAGUGAUAAUUGACUCUGCUCAUAUUCUUAUCUUGAAGGAUAAAGGUGCUUAUAAUUAUGAUAUAUCCACUCCAUUCCUUAAGAUGGAUGAUGUUCAGUCUUCCCAAGAUUCUUUGCCACAUAAGACAGUUAUAAAGCUGACAUCGCAACCAAGGUAUCUUUUGAUAUAUAAUCCUACUGAACAAGAGAGGUUCUCAGUGGUUUCGGUCAUCGUGAGUUCACCCAGAGUUAAAUUAUUAUCUCCUUUGGGAAAACCUGUUACUGUCCAGAUUAGUGCUGUUUGGGAUGGAGCAACUACAGUAUCACAUGAAGCCUAUCAGAUCUCUUUCUUGGCACAUCUACCACCUUUGGGGCUUGGAGUUUACCAGGUUUUGGAAGUUCCAAAUUCAGAAGCAAUUUUAGCGGACUAUAAUAUAUAUAUGAGUGGAAGGGAUAGUGUGCAGGAGAAGCCAGACAGAUUUUUCAAGAUAAAAGAGAUGCAAAAUUCUGUGGAUAAUAUAAUUUUAGAAAAUUCUUACAUGAAACUAUGGUUUUCUGGAACAUCUGGAUUACUGGAGAAAUUAAAUACAAAAGAGGAUGGUAAAAACCAUCAAAUGAAGGUGGAAUUUGCUUGGUAUGGAACUACCAGUAAUCGUGAUAAGAGUGGAGCUUAUCUCUUCUUACCAGAUGGAGACGCCAAGCCUUAUAUUUUUACAGAUCCACCUACUGUAAGAGUUGCUCAUGGAAGAAUUUUCUCAGAAGUUGUAUGUUUUUUCCACCAUGUGACACAUACCGUGCGUCUCUAUAAUGUCCAGGGUUUGGAAGGCCAGUCUCUUGAGGUUUCCAAUAUUGUGGAUAUCAGAGGAGAAUAUAAUCGUGAGCUUGCAAUGAGAAUUUCAUCUGACAUAAACAGUCAAAAUAGAUUUUAUACUGAUCUUAAUGGAUAUCAGAUCCAGCCCAGACUGACGAUGAGCAAAUUGCCUCUUCAAGCAAAUAUCUAUCCUAUGACUACAAUGACUUAUAUCCAAGAUUCUGGUUUUCGUUUGACACUUCAUUCAGCUCAAUCUCUAGGUGUUGCAAGCUUGAAAAAUGGCCAAUUGGAAGUAAUCAUGGAUCGUCGACUCAUGCAGGAUGACAACCGUGGCCUUGGACAAGGUGUCCAAGAUAACAAGAUUACAGCUAAUGUCUUCCGACUUCUGCUUGAAAGAAGGCAUGGAACAGAUGUGAAUGAAGAGAAGGCAUCAGUCAGUUUUCCCUCACUUCUUAGCCAUAUGACGUCUUCUUUCUUAAAUCAUCCUGUAAUUCCUAUGACAACAAAUGCAGAUUCAGGUGUCCCAGAGAUGCUGAAUACUUUUUCUCCACUCAUGUCAUCUAUGCCUUGCGAUAUGAAUAUAGUUAAUCUGAGGACAGUGCAAUCAAAGACAGAUACUGAGCCGUCUGAUGAAGCUGCUCUGAUUCUUCACAGGAAGGGAUUUGACUGUAGGUUUUCAAACAAAGAUGUGGGUCUGCUCUGUUCCACCACUCAGGGAAAGGUAAAGGUGCAUAAACUCUUUAACAAAUUCCAUGUGGAAAGUCUUACACCUGCAUCUUUAUCUUUGAUGCAUUCACCUCCAGAUGCCAGAAAUAUAAGUGAAAUAAAUAUGAGUUCUAUGGAGAUAAAUACAUUCCGGAUUCGACUAAGAUGAAGUCUGGAUGUAAUACUCAGAUAGAGAAGAGGAAUCUGCAAGUAUCUCCUCAAAAUUUUGCGUGCAAUAAGAAGCACAUUAUUGUUAUUCCAGCUUCUGGAUACUGUGAGAAAAACAUGCAUUGUCUAAUCAUUAUUAUUUUUUUUACCAACACAGUGAAAAGCCAUGUUGCAAGCAACCUUUUUUUUUUUUUUUUUUUUUUCCAUAAAAUAC